AUGUUCAAUUUUCAUCGAUAUAUAUUAAUUACUGCACGCAGUCAACGAAUUACUGACGAAGAUGAUGAUAAUAUUACGCAACAAAAAUUUUUAGUUCAAAGGCAACAAAAUCUUGAUAUAGAUGAAUGCUUUUGCCGCAUGGGUUAUGUGGCUAUUAGAGAAAAUGAUGAAGUUGUCUGUCGUACGCUUUUAACUGAUUUGUCUUGUCGUGUGGAUUCAGAUUGUGUACAUGUGGAUUUCAGCGUUUGCCACCCGGGAGCAGGAAAGUGUAUAUGCCCUGGGAAUACAAUUUAUGUUACGCAUCUACAUGCCUGCAGGAAUAAAUUAUUUCACCAAAAUCAUGAUGCUUGUAAUAUUUGUGGUCCAAAUCAUGUAUGCCAUGAAGUACUGGAAAGAGAUUUAGGGCGUAUGAAUGAUGUGAAUGCCAAUAUUAUAAAACUGGGAAACACUCUGAACACUACAAACAAACUGGCAUACAUUGGGUGUUCUUGUGAAUUGGAACGGUUUAUUACCUCAAAGAAGGUCUCAAUCAGUGCAAAAACGCAAACAAUAACUAAUUUAUGUUCUCUUAGUUUACUAUAUCAGAUCUUCUUAAACUAUUUCGAAUGUUUUCCUGUGUUACACAAACUCCAAUCUACCGUUCAGAUUAGCAAUAAAAUUGGUAAUAAUGAGUGUGAAGCAUGUCAAAAAGUCAACGGAAAAUGCUAUGACCAGAAUAAUGAUGGGAUAGCAGAUGGGUGUCAAUGUCUACCAGAUAGAUCAUUUGUGCUUAAAAGCGAUAAACAUGAAAAUUCGCGAAAUAAAGUCAAGUCAAUGAGUUUAUUUCGAUACAAAAAUGAACGUUUCUCUUGUGAAACUGAACAUACUAUCAUAAGCAUUGAGAUGUGUGCGACAGCAAGUUUGAAACAUUCUGAAAGCUUAAAUUCUAAUACAUCCAUCCACCUGCUUCUACGUCAGGCAUUUUAUCGCUUCAAAUGCGAUGUUAAGCAUGAACGUACAGUUGCUUCCUAUCAUAACGAUACAAUAUUUGUACGUGACCUCAGUAGAGGCAACCAAAGUACAAUCAUUCCUCAACAAAAUGUUGUAUAUUACAUUUGUCUUACCCCUUCAUUAAGUGAGUCAAUCACUUAUAACCUUGGGAAAAAUCUGUUGCAAAAUUGGUGCCAUUUAUCCCGUGAGCGAACAGGAUUAAUAUCAGUCAAUCACCUGUCUAUUGCUCGAUUGACUGUAAGAAAUCCCAUUUCACCACAUCAAUGUAGGUUUCCAUAUGAAUAA